UUUAUUCCUGAUUCACUGAUUUGACGCUGACUGACGUGGGCGGGCUCCUCUUAGAAAAUUAUAAGGUCAUUUGAAUUACGCCUGUUUGCGAGCUCACCCGUUACAAUGAAUCGAAGGAUAAUAUAAAUUAUUGUGAUCCCGAUGAUGAUCGUGGGGUCAAAGUCGACGCGCAUCGCUCGGGCAUUUUCUCAGCAGCAGCAGCGGGAGGUCGUUGCGGGGUUGACGACAGGAGGAGAGCCCAGUGCGAGCGUCUGCCUGGGUGCGUUUCUCUGAAUCUAUCUAGCCGGAGGGAGCGACCAGGCUGGCCUGUAAGCCGAUCAAGGUGGAAUCCCCCACAACGAGUUUCACGUUCGGAGCGCUGAGCACCUACAUGCUGUAGCAGUGAGAGGAAGGGGGCAAGGAUGAUGCGUCUGGCAUGUUGCACAGUCCUGCUGUUUGUGUUGAGGCUGGUGGUGGGCCUGCCUUGGUACCAGGUUCUUCCAGCCAUCCUGAUCUUCUACCUUGGAAGUGGAGGAUGGAGCUUUCUGGAUAUUGUUGCCAAAACAAUUGGCAGAGAUCUACACGCGGCCUACGUGCUACUGCGCGUGAAGCUCAAUGUCAAGCGACACGUCAGAGAGAAGAACACUCUUCCUAAGAUCUUUGCGGAAACUGUGCAGCGCCAUGGCGACAAAACUGCUCUCAUCUUUGAGGGGACCGGAGAGAGGUGGACUUUCCGACAGUUGGAUGAAUACUCCAACCGAGUGGCCAACCUGCUGCUGGGUCGUGGCUUUAAGGAAGGCGAUGUGGUGGCCCUGUUCAUGGAGAACAGAUCCCAGUAUGUGGGCCUCUGGCUGGGAAUGGCUAAAAUCGGAGUUGAAGCUGCUCUCAUCAACUUCAACUUGAGACUAGAUGCCCUGGUCCACUGUGUUACCAUCUCCAAUGCCAAGGCUGUGGUGUUUGGUUCAGAGCUUUCUGAUGCGGUGUCAGAGGUCCACAGUUCGAUGAGGAAGGCGGUUCUGAUGUUUUGCUCCGGAGACUGGGACCCCAAGCGAGUACCGCAGGGAACAGAGCACCUGGAGCCCCUGCUGGCUGGCGCCUCGUCUCGCCUGCCUCAACGGCCCGAUCGCUGCUUCACAGAUCGGCUGUUUUAUAUCUACACAUCAGGGACCACAGGGAUGCCUAAAGCUGCCAUUGUUGUGCACAGCAGAUACUACCGCAUGGCUGCUUUGGUAUAUUACGGCUUUAGGAUGACACCAGACGAUGUCCUCUACGACUGUCUCCCGCUCUAUCACUCUGCAGGGAACAUUGUGGGAGUGGGACAGUGCCUAAUACACGGAAUGACUGUGGUCAUCAGAAAGAAGUUCUCUGCGUCCCGUUUCUGGGACGACUGUGUCAAAUAUAACUGCACCAUCGUGCAGUACAUCGGAGAGAUUUGUCGAUACCUACUAAACCAACCAGUUCGAGAUUCUGAACGUCAGCAUCGGGUGCGCAUGGCUCUGGGGAACGGCCUGCGCCAGUCCAUAUGGGAGGAGUUCAUGAAACGCUACAAUAUCCCGCAGAUUGCAGAGUUUUACGGAGCCACAGAGUGCAACUGCAGCUUGGGCAACUUUGGAAACAAGGUUGGCGCAUGUGGCUUUAACAGCCAGAUUCUGCCCUUCAUCUAUCCCAUCAGGCUGGUGAGGGUUGAUGAGGAGACCAUGGAGCUCAUACGAGGACCUGAUGGUGUCUGCAUUCCUUGUAAACCUGGCGAGCCUGGCCAGCUAGUUGGGAAGAUCAUUCAGAACGAUCCCCUCCGAAGGUUUGAUGGCUACGUUAACGAAACGGCAACGAGCAAGAAGAUCGCUAGCAGUGUCUUCAAGAGGGGCGAUAGCGCCUAUCUUUCUGGCGACGUUCUGAUCAUGGAUAAGUACGGCCACAUGUACUUCAAGGACCGAACAGGAGACACUUUCCGGUGGAAAGGAGAGAACGUCUCAACGACCGAAGUGGAAGGAACCUUAAGCAGGCUGCUAGAGAUGAAAGAUGUGGUUGUUUAUGGAGUAGAAAUCCCAGGAGCAGAGGGAAAGGCUGGAAUGGCAGCCAUCGCUGAUCCGUCCCAAUCCACCGACCUGGAGAAGUUGUUUAAGGACAUGGAGAAAGUUCUCCCUCCGUAUGCCAGACCCGUGUUUCUUCGCUUCCUUCCAGAAGUCAACAAGACGGGGACGUUUAAAUUCCAGAAGACAGAGUUGCGUCACGAUGGUUUUAAUCCCACUGUUGUGUCAGACAAACUGUUCUUCCUGGAUUCCAGCAGAGGGCGCUAUGUGCAGCUGGACGAAGAGCUCUACCGCUCCAUAGUGUCGGGGAAGCACAAAUUGUGACGGCAUGACAGACCACUACAUCGACUUGUGCACACACUGACAUGCAGACAUAUUUCAAUAAAGAAAAGAGGACAACAUUGCCUGCCCAGGUUAGCAGAGCAUAUACAUGGAUGCUAACGUAAGAGCCAUACGCUUCCAAAGGCCAAUGCACACACACGUACGCUCAAACCUACUUUGCUCAUUAAAGUUCUAAGAAAAAAGAAAAAAAAAAAAAAAAAACGAGAUAUAUGGACAGCACGCUCAAAAGGAUAUGCUCUGCUCCAUCCAUCCCGGCUGAAAUCUCCCCGGCAACCUCUCUCGCUACCUCAGCAGACAAAAAGAGAGGCACCAACCACAGAGACCAGGUUCUUUCUGGAACUUCAAACAUCCUUUCAUUGCAACACCGACCUUGAAGACCCCUUACCAAACAUGCUUUCCCAGCAAGAAAUAAGGCAUACAAGCUGCCUGGAAUCCAGAAUGCAACAACUUGCGAAUGCAGAUUUAACACAAACUUCAAAGGAUGCUGAAGAGAACUGUGAAACCAGUCCUGCAUAUAAAGUGUGAAGAACAACGAAGGGACCUUUGUGCACCUAAGUUAUCUCUGUUCAUGUUAUCAUGUUAUGUUCUAGUGAGAUUAUCUUGUGAAAGAUGGCACCUCUGCUUUUGACUUAACCUGCACAACUAGCCAGAAAGUGACGAACCACAAUCUCUCACGCCAUCUGAAGUUCAGAUUACCUGAAACAUUAGUCAUUCCGACCUCGCUGCUCUCCAAAGCAUCCGUGCGUUUCUACUAAAAGGGAACAAUUUAAGAGCAGCUGGAAGGAACACGCAUGUCAAAUUAGACCAGUGGUUGCAGCUUUAAUGUGCAAUAACUCUCCAGCAUCUGCAGUGCAAUAAUCAGCUGCAAGCCAUCAGAACUUUGUUUUUAUUUAUUUAUUAAAAUAUGUCAGAAACAUACCAAAUACUUUAAGUUGAUGUUUACAUAUUUUAGUUGAUAGAACUUGUAUUUUAUCAUUCUUUUUUUUAUGCUGUAUGUCCAUCCAAAUCCAUCCUACAUUGGCAUCUGGAGUCCAUCAAAGCAAAGCUGUUGAACCCAUUUUAUAUUGGCUGCUGGAACACAAAGUAAAGCAACAGGAUAAAGUCAACCCUGGGCUAAAUAACGUUUUUUUUUUUUUUUUUUUUUUUUUUUUCCUGGUUUGUAUGUUGAACUCUCAUGGUAAUGUGGCCAAAUUGUGCAGGUUUUGUCUGAAUAGGUAGACUUUGCUCAUCUUGGGAUGGGUGUGUGUGUGUGUGUGUGUUGGUUUGUUUGUGUUUGUUGUUCACCUAAAGCAUAUGAAAAAGGGCGUGACAGAAGGAUUUCCUGAUGAGUACUUAUGAGGGGGAUUCUGCGACGUCCAGGAGAACUGAUUGACCAAAACAAAAUUCAAAAACGAACAGGAGCUGAAACUGAAGAAGAGAAGUCGGAAGUUUACUUAUGUUCACUAUUGUUAAUUUGGGACUUUUUAUUAUUUAUUUAAGCUACUCAUUUUCCAGUUUGCAAUGGUUAUGCAACAUAUAACUUGAAAGAACAAGCAUUGGGUGUGCAAAUAGUUGACUUUAUGGCGGAUUGUCUAAUCAGCACAGUCAGAUAUAGCUAUAUAUACUCAUGUAACCCCAUUAAUAUUUGGUUACAUAUCCCUUUGUGAUUUUCAGCUUAAUACAUACUUUCUGCAACCAUCAACAAGAUUCUGGCAUCAUUCAGACUGAAUAUUUGACCACAUUUCAUUUAAAUUGUUUUUUUACUGCAAUUUACCCAAUUUUUAAGCUUUGUUUAUACAUUUUCUAGAAGGCUGAGGUUUGGACUAGGGGAAGACACGGUGGUGGCAGUAUCAUGCUUGGAAAAAGAAAAUUAAGCUCUGGUUCACAGAUUAUCAAAUGUAGAUGUUUAAAAAGUUGGACUCCAUUGAGUAUAACCAUGCCAGAAGUUUGUUGGUGGCAGCAAUAAGCAUAUAUUUGAAUCUGUGAAAUUUUGACCUGGUGAUGUUUGAAUCUAAUUCUUGUUUCUGAAAAUGAUUAAACAACAGAGCAGUUCAAAUAAAAAUAAAUAAAAAAAUCAUCAAAAGUUAAUGUAAUUUGAUCCCAUGACAAUUGUAUGUAAACUUCUGACCAGAACUGUUCUUUCUAGUCAAUGUCGCUGUCCAUCGUUUCGUGAACGAACGAGCGCCAUGGACCACGCGCAGAGCACUGUGCCUUACUGCGAGUUCACCUCCCAGACACACAGGCCCUGGCCCUCUUCUUAAUCUGACGUUUCAGCAUUUAUUUCUUAUUUCAGUCUGUUCUCCAUCAUAGCAACUUGACUACAUAGGAUCAUGAGAUUUCCUUAAGUUCUGCAAAAACCAAGUGGGUAGCGUCUUCGUCCUGCCAGGAGCAGGAAGAAUUUAUCUCCUAAGACACUCCUUUAAGAUUUUUUUUUUCCCUACCUUGAACUUAAUUUGUGUUUGCAGUGUUCGUUUACCGCCCCACCUUCUAAUACCCGCGCCUUGUUUUCUGUUUCCUGUCUACUCUGUCCCAGUUGAACUCACGUUGUCUCAGACGUUGAUUAAAAAUCGUCCCGGAUAUGAUUGGCUUGUUCAUGAAUUCUGGCGACAUUUAGCUUCACCUAAAAACGAAUUUCAAGAAACUUUUUUUUUUUUUUUUUUUUUUUGCUCAUUUGAGUUCUCUGCUGUUGCUCUGUAACCCUUGACCUUACAUUGCAUCCUGCAGUCACAUGCAGUACACCAAAGCAGGAUGUUGUUAUUGUUUUCAGGAUGCUGAUGCUGCAUGCAUUGAAGCAUGUUUUCUUGGUUCAUACAUUGCAUUUACUGACAUAGGAAAUCUUCUGUCAUUUUUUUUUUUUCACCCAUUGUUUCCUCAUCAUUUGAGGGGGGAAAAGUCCAACGGAGACGUUCACGAGGUCCAGCUUCAUUCCAGCCUUCUUUGUCUCUUUCGCUACUGAGUUUAUUCUUUAAUGAUGAGUGUAAAAUGGUCACAUGAAUGUGUUUGGGGGGGGGGAGGGAAUGAACAAAUGACUGAUUUGUUUUUGUGAGGUGAAGUGUAAUUUGUGUGUCUAAGGUUUGGCUGUUAUGAUGCUUCUGAUUGGUGGCGGUUGCAUUUGUCAAUUCAUACCACCAGGGGCGGCGAGUGAUUAAACAGCCCUAGAGCACUGCACUCUGAAGAAGAUGUCUUUUUUUUUUAAUAAAUAUAUUUAUAUUUUAAAAUUAGCUUAAAUUAUUUCAUUUUUGGAAGCCUGUCAAUUAUUCUUUGAUCCACUGCUUUUUGUCUUUUUUGUGUGAAAUCAUAACUUUGUGAUUUUGUGGUCUAAAAGGGGUUUUGUGCUUGGAUGACAAUCGAGUGAGCAGUUUAAAUUUUAUCUCACGUCUGAGAUGCACAAGGAAAGGACAGGAAAAUAAUUACUCGCAGUCUGUUUGAUUUGCCAUCUACGUGUUGGAAAAAUACUGAUGGAAAUUAGAGAUGUGGUUCUUUCCUUAACACUACAAUUAAUUUAAGUUUAAUUGGUAAAAAUAAAUCUUACAAAAUAAACUUUACUGUUCAAAUUUUCCUUAGAGAGUUUUGGGUUCGACAACUACAUCCACAUUUCUAAGGUUACAUUUUAUUUUCCCAUUACUUUCGUGUUUUGUAGAACACAGCACUUCAGUCAAUUAAACCAUAACUUUGUAAGUUGUAAAAUGUUAGAAGGCCUCAGAAGAAACAAUUUCCAACAUAAACUAAUUGGUCAAGAUUACUAGAGUCUCUGUGGAUUCACUUUUAAGUUGGAUGCAAUAAAGUUGAGUUAAACUUUGCUGAUGAAACAUGUUCUUGUGAUGCAUCUGUGUCCUCUAGGGCUCAUCCUGCUUUUUGCACAUUUUUUUCCCCCUCGUUCGUUAUGGUGUUAGUAAAUCGGCCUCUCUCUGUUUCUGUUGCUUUUGUUUUACUGUGUUGUUGCACUGCAGCGGUUCUCAACCUGUGCAGAGUGUGUAGACGAGGUCUCAGAGGUGUGUGACACACACACAAACACACACAGACAGUUUCCCUCCUACCCACACAAGGCUAGUUGUGCACAUACUGUAUUAAAGGAAAGGGAGACAGAUGCAGUGCUGCAAAUGGAAAAAUAAUUAUUAAUAAAACUAUUUACAUUGUUCA